UCCGCCCGGCCCGGCGGCGCCGCAGCCGGCAGCAUCGCGGCGGGACUGCCCGGGGAUGCGGCCGCGCUAAGAACAAAAGCCCUCAGCGCGCUCUCGCUCCGGGGCUCUGAGGCGGCGCGGCCGAACUCGGGUCUCCGCCCCGCUCGGCCGAACUCCGCGCAGCCUCUCCCGCUCGCCGCGGGCGCCGGGGCUCGCCCUUUCCCCGCCCGUCCCGCCGGGGCUGCCGCGCCCCGGGACCUUGGCUUUGCCCUUCGCACGGCAGGUGGCGGGGCCAGCGGACGAGGAUGCGCGUCUUCCCGUGGGGAUUUUGGCUGCUGUGUGUCGCCUCCGCCCCGGCUCGCGGUGACAGCAAGGCGAGGAGCUGCGCCGAGGUCCGGCAGCUGUAUGGAGCCAAGGGCUUCAGCCUCAGCGGCGUGCCCCAGGCCGAGAUCUCCGGGGAGCACCUGCGAAUCUGCCCACAAGGCUACACCUGCUGCACCAGCGAGAUGGAGGAGAACUUUGCAAACAAAAGCCGAAGUGAAUUUGAAGCCAUGAUGAAAGAGGCUGGUCGCUCUGUGCAGGCCACCCUAACAGCACAGCACAGAAGCUUUGACAGUUAUUUCCAGGAUCUGUUGAACAAGUCAGAGAAGGCCCUUUACGAUGCCUUCCCAAGCAUGUUCGGAGAACUGUACACGCAGAACGCCAAGGUGUUCAAGGACUUGUACAGCGAGCUGCGCCGCUAUUACCGCAGCUCCAACAUCAACCUGGAGGAGGCGCUCAACGAGUUCUGGACACGGCUGCUGGAGAGGCUCUUCAAGCUGCUGAACCCCCAGUACCACAUCACCGACGAGUACCUGGACUGCAUGGUCAAGCACGCCGAGCAGCACAGGCCCUUCGGGGAGGUGCCGCGGGAGCUGAAGGUGAAGGCGACGCGCGCCUUCAUCGCGGCGCGCUCCUACGCACAGGGCUUCCUGGUGGGCAGCGACGUGGCCAGGAAGGUGUCCCAGGUGUCCCUCAGCCAGGAGUGCAGCCGUGCCAUCAUGAAGCUGAUGUACUGCCCGCACUGCCGGGGCAUGGCCGGCGUGAAGCCCUGCAGCAACUACUGCCUGAACGUGGUCAAGGGCUGCCUGGCCAACCAGGCUGACCUCAGCACCGAGUGGAAGUACCUCAUGGAUUCCCUGAUGGGGGUGGCUGAUAGGAUCGACGGUCCCUACAACGUGGACACUGUCAUAGGCACCAUCCACGUCAGGAUUGCUGAAGCCAUCUCUAACCUGCAGGAAAACAAAGAUUCAAUCACCAGCAAGGUAUUCCAGGGCUGUGGAAAUCCCAAAAUCAGCACAAAAGGCUCCAGUAGUGAGGACAAGAAGAGAAGAGGGAAGGUGACAUUGGAAGCCAAAUCCUCUGCACAGGCACUGGAGAUGCUGGUUUUAGAUGCCAAAGGGAAUCUGACAGCUCUCAAGACAUACUGGAUCACCCUGCCCAGCAGCCUGUGCAGCAAAAAAAUGAUGUCCAGCUCAGCAUCAGAUGACAAAUGUUGGAAUGGGAUGACCAAGGGCAGUUACCUGCCUGAAGUGAUGGGGGAUGGCUUGGCCAACCAGAUCAACAACCCAGAGGUGGAGGUGGACAUCACCAAGCCAGACAUGACCAUCCGCCAGCAGAUCAUGCAGCUGAAGAUCAUGACCAACCGCCUGGGCAACGCCAACGUCGGCAACGACGUGGACUUCCAGGACACCAGUGACGACGUGAGCGGCUCCGGCAGCGGGGACAGCUGUCCUGAUGACGUCUGUGGCAAAAGACUUUCUAAGAGCCCCAGCACCAGGCAGCCAGAAACACACGCCAUUCCCAAGCAGUCUGGACACGGUGUCAGUGGGGCCAGCAGCACAUCUUUGCCUUCUGCCUCCCUCCUCCUCCUCCUCCUCCCGCUGCACUUGUGGCGGUAACUCACCGGCACAGCAGGGAACAGACUGCAGCUGAGGCUUCACUUUGCCAAAACCAACCAACCUACCAACCAACCAACCAAAGGACAUAUUUAAUUCACCUUGGCAAAAAAAAAAAGGAAAAAAAGAAAAAAAAAAAAAAACAAGAAAAGGGAGGAGAAAAAAAAGGUUUUCAGAAGGUUUCAGUUGUUUGCUAUUUCUGGCAGUGCUCAAGCUGUUUUCUUCUUUCUUGGUCUUUCCCCAGUGCUGGGCCCUUCUUUCCAUACCUCAUUGUUUUACUUUUGUUACUGCCACAGCCUGGCUCUCGGGGCUGAGAGCAGAGGGCUGCAGGGAGCUGUGCCCAGCCCUCCAGGCAGUGGAAUAUGCAAAGCCCUGCCCUUUUCCUGGAGCCACCAGCACGUGUGAGCACGGAGACAGCGGGAGCCUCGCACGGCCAGGGCUGCAUCCAGGGCUCUGGGAUCCCUCUGUGCUUCCAGCUGGCCACGUGGCCCUGCACUCCCAGGGGCGUGUGCAGGAGCAUCAGCAGCUUUGGUGGGUUGAGCUGAAAGAGUUUGGGCUGUUGGACCCAGAAAUGCAGGACUCCCUUUUCCUUUGGAAAGGUCACAAGUGGGUUUCUUGACUAGAGCUCGUAGCUGACGACAAUUUGAAAUGUAGGUUUCCUACAUCUAAGUGACUGGGAAUGAGUGUUGGGGGUUGGGGUUUGGGGUACUUUUUCUUUGCAUGCUUGUUGGAAAGCCAUUUUUUACCCAAGUAACGAUGGUCCAAUUUGUACCUGCAGUGCAGUACCAUUGUAGGUAACAGAGAGAUGCAAAUAUGCACAGUGAGAUUCUCUGUGUGACAGACAGUUGUGCUGCCUCCUCCUUCUCUGGCCCCAGCCAUAGACAGGAAUCCCUUUUUUUUGUUUGUUUGUUUUUUUUUGGUUUUUUUGUAAUAUGAGAGACCAGGGAUGUGUUACUAACUGGAGCUUUGGUUGGGCCCCUACUCAGAGCACUGGCUCAAGGCAGCACCCACCAGGGGAAUGUGAGGACAGGACACAUUUUGUUUGGGAUUUCUUUUUACCUUUUGUGUUUGUUGCAGUUGCAUUGCAGGUUUUUAAUGGAUUCCCACUUUGUUCCUUCCCCAUCAUCCAAUACACCUUCCCUAACCCUGCAGGCACAGGCUGAGCCAGCAGGUCAGGCACCACCUGCAGCUCUGGUUUGGCUCAGGGGAGGGCCAGGCUCAGCCUUUGCUGCCCCAUCCCAGCACUCACAGCCUCUGGGUGAUGUGGCCAGCUCCCUAACCCCAGAUUGCUUGGGGGGGGGGGCUCUGUGCCAGGCUUUGGGACUGGGGAUGGUGAGUGAAGUUAUAAAUGUCCUCACAUAGCUGUAGUAGUGUCUGUGCUUGUUAAGCUGUGUGUCUGGGGCACACAGAGGCUUCUGUGCCUGGUGAGCAGCAAGGGUGGGCUGGAGCCACAGGUGUAGCAGGUGUUGGAUCCAGCACAGCCACUGUGAGUGCCUGGGCAGGAGCACACACAGGCUGGGUUUGAGCUUCAGAUGGGUUUGUAUUGGGGUGAGAGGGAGGGCAGAGCUGGGCCUGUCUCUUGCUUUUGCACAGCAUUUGAGCAUUUCUUCUCUCUCUUGCCAGAGGAGAUGUGCCUUUGGGCUGAGCAAACAUUAUGGGGUUGGGGUUUGGCUGUUUUCUGAGAAAGGGGGAGAAAACCCCCAUUUUUAACAUUAGCAGUUUCUAAAGUGUGCAAUUUAAGGAAAGAUGAGGACAUGAGCAAGGUAAUGCUGAAAGCCAGUUCCUUUCCUGCCCUCCCUGGGCCUGAGGCACUGAGGUUUGGCAGAGAUUUUAGGCCAGCUUUGACCAGCCUCUCUCUCCAGGUGACAGUGACUAAUGUCACUGACUGUGCAUCCUUUCUGCCUUGGCCUCCCCUUCUCCUAAAGCUAAAUCACACCUGAUCUGGCCAGGUGUCAGAAAUCAACACUGGGCUGCUGGGCAAUGGCUGGAGGGCAGACAGUGCCACUGCACCCAUCAGAGCCCUGGAGAGGAUAAGUGUGGUUUUGUCUGGGUUUAUUUACUCCUAGACAUACAGUAAAUUCACAUGUUUUAUAACUGCUCUAAAGAGUUCCAGCUUUUCUUUUUCAUUUUUUAUAUCAGAAUGCAAAUACAAAAUUUAACCUUCAAUUACAGCAAUCCCCACAACCAAUCCUGCAGAAGUUUUACACCCAAAGGAAAAAAGCAAAAAAGAGCAGGGGGGAGGGAGGAAGAAUAAAAUAUUGUACCCUCUUCAAAACACAGUUGGGUUGGGGUUUUAACACAUGGAUGCUGAGGUCAAUGUUUUGCUUUGCAGAAUGGGAGCUUGAAAGUCACUUCCAUUUCUGUGCAAUUAGUUUUUGCUGUCUGCCUGUUAUCCUCAAAAGCUUCUUAUGGGCCCCUUCACAUCUUAAAUGUGAAGCCAGGAAUUUACUGAUUAUCCAGUUUAUAUUUUACCAAUUUAAUAGCCCAAACUAGUGGUUCUGUUACAAGAAAAAAAAACCUGGUAGUGCAAAUUAAUAAGGCAAAACCUCAAAGAAACAGUAAAAUCUGUUAUGCAGGGAAACCUUCCUGAUGCCUUCACCUCCAGGCUGGGGCUGAGCUGCCACUUGCACAUCCUCCUGACCUGGGGGUGGCAGCUGGCACCUUGCAGGAGGCAGCCAGGGGAGAGAGGACAGCAGCCUGGCCCCUGCACCCACUGAUGCUCCAUGGUGCUGGUGACACUUCUCAGCCCUGCUGGGGUUGAUUUUUAUAUCUGGUCGUGGUCAGCCUACACUGCUGCUUUGGGUUGGUUACUCAGCUGUUCUGUUCUCUCUUGCCCUGGAGUUGUUUCCCAGCUGCUGCCAUUGGAUGGCCUGGGUUGUGUUUGGCUGUGUGAGAUGGUGAGAGCCCCCAGGAUAUCAACUCUAAACUAAAGCAAACUGCAAUUACUGCUGACUAAACAGCUGCUGGUGUGGCUGAACAAGCUGAAAUCAACCCAGGUCCAGACAAGUCCCGAGCCUGUGGUUGGGCUGGUGCAGAACCUGGGGCCAUCCAGUGCUGAUGGAUGACAUUUCCUGGGCUGCUCCUGCUGGGAAACACUGUGACACACCUCCCCAUGGCUGCUGGCUGCUCUGGGGAUCUCUGAGGGACUGGGCUGGCUGGGGAGAAACAUCUGCUUCAAUGUUACCAAGGUGGUGAUCCAUCGUGUUCUGGUGUGAAAGGUCUCAUACUUGACAGGAAAGAGUAGUGGUGUAGGAAAAAAAAAUAUUUACAAAGACCCCAUCCCUGGGAAGGGGAGAACCUUAAAUGGUGGAUUUCCAGGUGUCUCUGUCUUCCAGCCUGCUCUUUGUGCCAUAACAUGUAUGUUUUAAACAAUGGUGAGGGUCUCAAAAGGCUUUGAGAGCACAGCUACUUCUCAUUUACAAAUGACAAGCUGCCUGUUGUUUUCCAGUGGGCUUGGUAGGAGCUAAGGUAUAGCAGAAUAUCUAAAGUCCACCUUUGCUUUAAACAGAUGCAUUUCUAUCUGCAGGAGUAAGAAUUAUUUCACUUAUCAGCAUAGCUGGACAGUUAUCUAUUUCUUUCUGUUACCAAGGUACUUGUAACUCUCUUGCACUGUUUAUCUAAAGUUGAAAUAUGUUCUUUGAAUCCUUGUAUAAAUAAAAAGGCUGGAGACAAAUCUGUAUUUACAGGGCAAUUAUUUCCUCUUCAUUUAAGCAAAGUCUGGCAUUUUCUUUCUUUUUCCCUUGUUAAGGCACAGCUAAAGGCCAGGUCAGGAGCCCUGAGGAGUGAAACCAUUCAUUCCAUGUGGGAAGUGUUAAUGGGCUGAUGGCAGUGCUGGCAGUCGGGGUUUGCCUGCAUUCCUGUACUCCUGUUCAGGGGAGCAGCUCCUGGGUUCUAUGGAUGUGUGUUUGUGGGAACAAGGUGAGCCUGGCUUGACUCAUCCAAGCAGGAUCCUAACUUGUCUCUUUCUCAUCUAGAGGCACAGAAAGUCAUGGCAUAACAAAAUAAAAAACCAGAAAAGCCCUUGGUCAUUACAAAGUGUGGCAAUUACAGACCAUGGCUUUGCCCCAGUGCAGCUGUUGGAUGGGCUCACAGCAAGCAAAGCAGCCAGGGGGAUGUUUGAUCUCCUGAGACUGAACUGGUGCAGCAGAAAGAUUUGUGCUUCAGCUCUGUUCCCUUCCAGAAGUGGGUGAAUGCAGCUGUCAAGGUGAUGUGUUGGAAGCUGCUCAUGUCUAAGAGAGACUUGGUAACUGAAAACUACUAAAAGUGUGUCCUUCUGCCUGGAAGCAAAUAUCAGCUAAAUUUAAUAAACUGACUGAUACCCCUGA